GUACAGCAGAUGAUCGAUAAAACGAAGGCAGAGCGCUUCGAAGAUCUCUUCGUGCGAACUCUCGAACUGCGGCAGCAGAAGCUCAGCACAACUGCUUCCUCGGAGCAGCUGGAGGAGAAAACGAUGCAGAUGGAGCCCGAGUCUGCCUGUGGGGAUUCUGUCGCCCCAUCGAACAUUGGAGGCGAGAGCACUAGCGACUUCGGCUCGGACAUGCAGCGGACCAAGGAGAAGGACAACACGCCCGCGGUCCCAAUCGAGAAGGUUCGGGCCGAUGUCCGUGCGCUCGAGGGUGAGAUUACUUCCCUGCGGCGGCUGCUGAGCGACAUGCGUGCCAAUGCGGCAGCGGUCAUCUGCAACCACCUGCGACAAGCAGAGAAGUCAGCGGGCCGCAAUUGGGCGCCCAAGGAGGCGGCGGCCUGGGGCCACCGGAUGCUGUCUCUCCUGGUCUCCGAAGACUUCGCCACCACCACCAUGAAGGAGCUCCUGAAGUUGUCCCCACUGCGGUAUUAA